AUGGCUGCAGUUGUAGCAAGGCCUGGAAUCCCCAAGUGGCUAUCCGAUCACUGCGAUAGGCUGCAAGAUGAAGAAUCACAGAUCCAAAAUCUCAACUUGAAUAUUCGUCGAUUGAACGUAGAUAUGAUCCAUGCACUUUGCGACGCAUUGAUGAAGAACAACGACAUCGAAACGAUCAACCUUACGUCGGCCCUUUUUCAAGAUCAAGAGCGAGGUCUUGUCCCUUUGAUGAAAGUGUUGAGAAAACAUCCUUCCCUUAGAGCCAUCCAUCUCUCGUACAAUCGAUUGCGACAUGUGCAUGCCAUUGAGAAACCACUGAGGUCCAAUGAUACACAGCUACGCGAGUUGUACCUUGAUUACAACAGAUUGAAUUGCGACACUGCGAUGUCGCUUGCCAACGUCCUGAAACACAACACUAAACUGACUGUGCUCCAACUGAAUUCAAAUAGAAUCGGUGAUGUUGGCGGAGAAGCGAUUGCAUUGGCCAUGAAAGACAACACGACACUCAAGUUCCUGGGAAUGAGGUCGAAUCAACUGGGAAAGCGGACUGCAAAUGCGAUGUUCUCAUCACUGAGAACCAAUAUGUCUUUAACAACCUUGCAAAUAGACAAGAAUCCAGAUCUCAAAGAAAGCGUCCCGCUGUUGACACACAUUGUACAAAGCAACAGAGCAGGAAGAUAUUUGCUAGGACAGAAGGAUGCGGUACCACAUAGUCUAUGGACAUUGAUAUUCCAACAGCUUGAGUGCGAUAUGCUUUUCUUUUUCCUCUCAGAGCACCCAGAGCUAGUCAUGAGGUGA